AUGCUCAGCCGCAAAAGGAAGUCGAAGUGUGAUGAAAAGGCGCCUUGCUCAUCUUGUAUACUGCGAGGGACAGAAGAGGUCUGCCACUUGCCCGAUAAGCAGACGGCCGCGAACACGUCACGGACAGACUCGCCUGUUGCCUAUACAUCUAGAGCGCAGCUGCAGUCCAGUGGCUCUGGCUACAGAGAGCGUUCUCCGUCCGGAGAGGAAUCCUCCGUCCGGCCAGGUCUAAAACGACAGCGAACGAGUCGGCUGUACGCUGCCACCUCGCCUGGUCAGCAGCUGUCUGAUGCAUAUGAAGAGAUCUCACGCUUGAGACGGGGACUCGAUCGACUGGAAGAUGCGUUCGGGGCAUGCUCGUCUACGACGCCUCCAGCUCCGCUCCCAUUCCAAACUUCCAAGCGGUGGCCCAAGACCGUCUCCUUGACUCGAGAGUCGGAUAGGAUCCCAACGCCAGACCUUUCCUUGGUCAGAGAAGCAACGCGAAUCUUUCCAAGUCGUACAGAUUGCGAGAUCCUCCUCGAGUAUCUCACUCAGGAGACGGAUUGGUUAGUCAACUGUACAACAGCUUAUUGGCUGCAGCCCAUCUGGACACGCUUCGUAUACGGUGGUCGUGUAACACAGACCGAAGUCGCGGUAAUAUCGGCAGCUCUAGCCGUAGCAGCAUUCCUGCUGUCCGAGUCGCCCCACGUCUACUACAUCCUCAGCGAGCCGGCCUCCACGCUACAUCUUCGUCUCUUCCAGCAUACUCUACAGAUACUGCGCUUGGAGAGCGACCUCUUGCGCUUUGGCAAGACUAAUGAUCAGGUCAAGCUAGAUCCUACGAUCGCCUUUGGUCUUGCGCUGGACUACGUGCGGUUCUCUGGCACGAGGCGGAAGGAGGGAUGGAUCCAGCUGCGAGCAUCCAUUCGCAAACGCAUGAUAGAAGGCGGGUUGAUGGAUGAGAGCUCAUCAGUCUGGGAGGCUUGGAACGAAGCCGAAAAGGACGUUGUACGUAGGAUUGUCUGGCAGCUGGUCGUCGAUGAGAGCUGGAGCUCUCUCUACGCGGACCAACGAGGUCAAUAUUCUUCUCACUUCUCUUUGCAAAAGGGCCGCAUUGCCGUACGACAUCCGUAUUGGCUACCCGUUCGACUCGCUAGCGCCUUCGGUCCUGGCCCUCCUCUUUCCGACAGCCCAGAACAUACGGACAUGACAUCUUCUUUCAGACCUGCUGCAAAGAUUACCACUCGUGUUCACCGCUUGAAAGACGAAGAGGAGUCUUCCAAUGCGGCAGAGAUCUCAGAGCUGGCCAUCAUACUGGCCGAGUGGGCAGCUCGAGCCUCCGAGUAUAUCUCGGCGAUCAAGUCCUGGCAGAAGGAGAGUGUGGCGAUGGCUCCGUUCCACCGUGACCAGGAGAGAGAAGCUCUACUCGUGCAGGGCGUGACCCUGUGCGAUCAGAUCAAAGCUUGGCGGGAGAGUAUCCAGCCUGUGGUAUGCGAGCCAGGCGCUCUCGACGCAACAGACUUCCACGACUGCCGGAGGGCGAGUCAGGCCUCGACCAUACACACUGGCGUGCGACAAAUUUUGAAUGCCAUGCUAGCGGCCUGGGUAACCCAGGACCUCGUGGCAGAUGUCUCGUCUCGCACCCUGAUACAGCUGCAGAGAGAAGCAUUGAGUAAUGCAAAGGACACGGUCCGCACCAUCGGUCUCACGCGAACAUUGCUGAGCUGCGGAAUUACGACCUAUUUUGGUUGCUGGGCCGCCUUUAGCUUCUUCAAUGCUGCCACCACGCUGGCUAUUCCCCUCUUGGGAGGUCAAAGGGUGCGCGAGGAGGCCAGAAAGGCGCGUGAAAAGCUCGGCGGAAUCGGCCUUACAGAUCGAUACACGUCGAGCGGCAAGAAGGAGGAUGGUCGUACGCCGACCAAGACAAAGGGACUGCAGCCACCCGCUGGCUCGGCCGCUUCCUCGAUGAUCACAUCAGGAGUUCUGAGCAUGGAUGAGCUGCGCACACUUGCGCCGGACAUUCUGCAGAUCCUGGAGUUCCUACCGAUGAUCCAGACAUCGCCGCUGGGCAAAGAGGCGACUCAGAGACUGGCGUCUCUGGUCGAUGCGUAUGGCAUUGGUGUGCCUGGUAGCGGUACGCACUCUCCUCACGAGCCAUAUGUGGCUUCGACUCCCUCCUCUCACCAGAAUCGUAUGUUGGCGAUGUUUCCACACAGGGAGGAGCCAGCAGACGCCAGAAACGGCUUUGCUCCUGCUGCACCAGCUAUGGCACUCUCCCUUUCUGGUUCCUCCCCGACCUCGGCACCUCUGAAUGCUGUGAGCGCGCCCCUGCAGGACUCGCGAGGGUACGCGGUGCUGGAUUCGCUCGUGGCGUUGGACGACGCGUGGUGGGAUCAGCUGUUUGCCACUACCGAGACGUAA